UACGGGGUGCGUCCGUGCCGGCGACGCUCUUCAUGGACGGCAGACAGUUCCCACGGCACUCGACGACCGCCGUUUCUCGUCCAGGCUCGGCACCGCUCGCAGAACCGCGUCGAUAUCCCGUCGACCAGGAGCCGGCGCCGCUCCGGAUGUCCUGACCGAAGGUGUUGCGAGCAUCGUCCGACCCGCAGAGCCCGCUGCGAGCACGCGACCCGAAGAGGAUGCUGCGUCCCGACGCGGAACCAGCGUGGCAAGCCAGCUAGACCGCCGUUCUGCGCCCUGGGGCCCUAUGGCGCCAACCGCGGCCGAUCGGAAGCCAGCUAGCUCUCUUCCUGGAGCGAACCGACCGCGUCCGAGAUCACCGGCUGCGGACCGAUCCCGAGGACCCAGCCACCUGGGACGCUGCGGUGUCCACCGGAGCCCCGGCAGAUGAGUUCCAGCUUGUGGGUCAAGCGGAGCGACAAAGGCCGCCGCCGGCUAGCCAGCCACAGGGAGACUGUUGAUCGGUGUGAGAUCGAGUGGGACGACUUCGACAGUGCGAUAGAGGAUCGGUUCGCGGAGUGCUGCUUCACGUGUGCCGCGCCGUGGUGAGAUCGCUCUCGCCGCCGAAGAGGUCCUCUCGGGGGAAAGUUUCGACGCGGAACAACCCGCUUGAUAUGCCCGCCGAGGCGACGCCGCGAAGCUGAGCCGCGAUACGAAAGGGAACGAUCGUUGCCCAGGCUUGCCACCGCACCAGAUGGACGAGGCUCGAGGGAGGAUAGCAGAACGAUAGGAGGCGACCGGUUGCGGCUGCAGCUGCGGCGUCGGUCGCUGCACCUGCAGCUGCAGCUGCGGCGACAGCGACGGCGACGGCGGCGACGCUGCCGGUAGCACCGGUUUGAUCAGACCGUGGAGGAACGAUGCAGGCCACCGGCGACUACUAUCAGAGGGCUAGAUGCUGUCCCGGAAGGAAUGCGAACGCGAGCGCCGAGGCGCUGCGGCUCAGCACGUCCGUCAGGGGCGCGGAGCUGCUCUGCUGUUGCUGCAGCUGCAGCACCUCCACCUCCAUUGAGACGCCGGGCCUGCUGGCCUGCCUCGGGGUCUGCGUACUCGUCCUGGGCUACACGCUGCUCGGCGCGUUCGCGUUCAUGGCGCUGGAGGGCGGCCUCAAGACGGAUUCAUCGAGCGACCUGCUCGUUACCGGAGGCUCGAAGACCGAGGGAGGAUCCUACGUGGUGCCCAGCGUCGAGGACGACACCGCCGCGAUGGAGCUCAGGGCACGCACGGUCGAGAGGCUUUGGAGCAUCACGGAGGAUUUGAACGUACUCUACAAAGAGAAUUGGACUCGGCUGGCGGCCAGAGAGGUGUUCGAGUUCCAAGAGAACUUGUCACGAGGUCUCAGACGGACUUCUUCCCAAUAUGAACCGGUCGGAUCGAGAUCCAGGGAUCAUCCCAUGGAUCGCAGGCCGCAUCGACGAUGGACCUUCAGCGGCAGUCUGCUCUACUCGCUCACGCUCAUCACCACCAUUGGAUACGGCAGCGUGGUACCACGCACGAUUUGGGGUCGCCUGAUCACGAUAGUGUACGCGCUGGCCGGGAUUCCCCUGGUGCUGGUCUACUUGAGUACAGUAGGUGAUGUCCUCUCGAGAAGCUUCCGCCGUAUGUACGGCAGGCUCUGCAGGCCCCGGAACUGCACGCGGAAGCAACAACCGCCGCCACCUCCGCCACCCGUCGGUGGCAUCAUGAGCAAGACCUACAGAUACGACAACCACGUUGACUCGAAGUCCGGCAAUUAUUAUUCGGCCAGCAGGGAGAGUUCCUGCGACGAUUUGGGGACGAGGGGCACCAGCAGCGCCAUUCUGUUAGACUGCGGAAGCGAGGGACUACUCCAUGCUACCACUAGCUCUACCGCCGCCCUUCAGGACGUGUCAUCCGGAAACGGUAAACGGCACUUCCACCCGUGCUCGUCGUCCCUGUCGACGACGUCGUCGCCGGGCUACAUGGUCGAGGCGAACCCCGUCAGGAUACCGAUAAGCCUAUGCCUGGUGAUCAUGCUGAUCUACAUAUGCGGCGGGGCGAUAAUGUUCAAUCGGCUGGAGGGCUGGAGCCUCCUAGAAAGCGGUUACUUCUGCUUCACCAGCCUGGGAACGAUCGGGUUCGGUGACCUGAUGCCGGUCGGCAGAAACGCGGCGACUGCGACCUUGGAGGAGCUCAGCUUGUGCGCCUGCUCGCUCUACAUACUCGCCGGGAUGGGCCUGAUCGCCAUGUGCUUCAACCUCGUCCAGGAGGAGGUGGUACGCGUGGUCAGGGUCCUCAGUAGAACCUGCGGCAUGUCGUCCGGGGUGGUGGUCGGACCUAUCGGUGGUACAGGUUCCGGUCCUGGGCUCAAGGGAGACCUCGACGACGGCGGCGGCACCAGUGACUCGCGGCUGUCCGAGCAAGAGGAGGAAGCAAUCGCCAUGUCCAUGGUGCCAGCAUCCUGACAGCAUCAGGCCAGGAGUCCCGGUGACGGGAAGCUCCUGGCCCAUGCAUCCAACACUGCCAUAAAACCGUCGCCCGGCCACCAUUCUCUGCC